AUGAAACUAUUGCCAGAAGGACAGUUCAGGCAUUGUGUUAUUCACUCAAUACGGCUUACAUCAUGGCUGCUCAUAUUUCUUAGUUCAAAGUCUGUCUGUUCUCUAAAACCUGCCCAACUUCCGAUGUAUCAAAGGAAACCUUUUAUAGCUGCUUGGAAUACACCCACAGAUCAAUGUUUGAUGAAAUAUAAGUUAAGACUGAAUUUGGAAAUGUUUCAGGUGACUGGAAGCACACUGACCAAGGCCAGGGGGCAAAAUGUCACUAUAUUUUAUCCUAGGAGAUUGGGAUAUUACCCUUGGUAUACAUCACAGGGGGUCCCCGUUAAUGGGGGUCUCCCUCAGAAUAUAAGCUUGAAAGCCCAUCUGAAAAAAGCAGCUCAAGACAUUAAGUACUACAUACCUGCUGAGGACUUCAGUGGACUCGCUGUUAUAGACUGGGAAUACUGGCGUCCGCAGUGGGACCGGAACUGGAAUGCAAAAGAUGUUUACAGACAGAAGUCAAAGGAGUUUAUUUCUCAUAUGCAACAGGAUGUAAACGCUUCUGAUAUUGAAUGCUUAGCCAAAUCAACCUUUGAAGAAAGUGCAAAAGCAUUCAUGAUGGAAACUAUCAAAUUGGGAAUUAGGAGGCGACCCAAAGGCCUUUGGGGUUAUUAUUUAUACCCUGACUGCCACAACUAUAAUAUGGAUGACCCAAACUACACAGGUUCAUGCCCAGAAGAGGUGGUUUUGAAGAAUAAUGGGCUCUCCUGGCUCUGGAAUAAUAGCACUGCUUUGUAUCCUUCUAUUGCUAUCAAGAAAGCCUUCAGAAACAGUGAAAAUGUUUUACUUUUCUCAAAAUUCCGGGUGCGUGAAGCUAUGAGGAUCUCCACCGUGACAUCUCAUGGAUAUGCUCUGCCUGUGUUUGUCUACACACGGCUAGGGUACAGAGAAGAUCCUUUACUUUUUCUUUCUCAGCAAGACCUAAUUAAUACCGUAGGAGAAAGUGCUGCCUUGGGAGCUGCAGGCAUUGUUAUCUGGGGAGACAUGAAUUUAACUUCAUCAGAGGACAACUGUACCAAGGUGAAGCAGUUUGUGAGCUCUGAUUUAGGGAGCUACGUAGUGAAUGUGAGCACAGCCGCCGAGGUGUGCAGCCUUCAUCUCUGCAGGAAUAACGGAAGAUGUGUGCGAAAGAUGUGGAAUGCUUCAGAUUACCUCCACUUGAGUAAUGAAAGCUACCACAUAGAAGUCUCUGAGAAUGGGAAAUUUGCUGUGAAGGGAAAUGUGUCUGAUGCAGACCUGGCUAGGAUGAAAGAGAGAUUUUUCUGUCAUUGUUACGAAGGACAUGAAGGGGCUGACUGUCAAGAAAUAAAGGACGCUGAUGGAAGCCCUAAGGUUUCCUCCUGUUCUGGCUUUCCAAUGACACUCUGUUUGCUGUCUCUAGCAAGUUACCGCAGCAUUCAGGUGGGAGAUAAUUGAGUUUGAAGGGAAUUAUGUAGCUUUUAAAGUAGACUGCUAGGGAGGAAAUGAAACUUGUAAGAGUUUUUUGCUCUUAUGAGAGGUAUUAUAAGGAGAUAUGAUAUUUGUUAUUUAACAUAUAGAAACCCAUUACUUUGCCAUUCAUUUGGUUAGAAAUCAAGCCCAGGAAUACAAAUCAGCUGUAUUUAAACUAAAGCUAAUAUAAUUCAAUCUUUUAAUGAAUGUACAUACAUGAAAGUAUACAUAUAAAUUUUGUUAUUAAUUUCAAACAAUUUUUCCACCUAGCAAUUUAUUCAUUGAUAAGUUACUACAUAGCCAUAUGAUUCAACUGAUUCACUUUAAGGCAUGACCUGGUCAGUUAGCCCAACAAAAAAGAUCUGAUACAGAGGUUGUGAUCCAACCUCAGGUCUACCCUAAGGUUCUGCUUCCCACCUCUGCUCACUGAAGACAGAAUCAUUUCUGGUAAGAAUUCCCAUGAGGGGGCAGGGACUGAGGAAAGGGGAUCUGUCCCUUGUUUGUCACAAAAGUGUCUAUCCAGUAUGGUGCCUUUUCACUUCCCAUGGGUCCUUCCUAUACAGACCCUGGCCAUCUAAAUAUUUCAAAAGACUGUGAGAUGAUAUUCAUACUUUCCUAGGCUGAUACUGCUGAAGAUUUAAAAGCUGAAGCCAUGUUAAUAAAACUGCAUUUGGUGACUUUUGCAAGAAAAAUUACUAUUAAAAAGAGACUUAACAAAUGGUAGCUCAGGAACCCGGAAGUACUGUUGAAAAAGAGGCCUAUAAGCAAUAAUAUUUUUGCCCUCUCUUUUUCAUCCUAGCAAAGUAUUGAGAGUUACUUUGAAUCUGUGUUGAAUAAUGGCUUUACUACCUGGCUGUAUUACUCUGGGAAUGUUAUUUAUAUUACCUAUUUUGUCAUCUGGAAUUUGGCAAAACAAUUCUUACUGUAGUAAAUUAUUCUGAGGAAUAAAUGCAAUAACACGUCCCUGUGUAUGUUGGCUCUUAGUACAUGCUGUUGAUCUGCAAUAAUCUCUGAUCACCAAAGAAUAGAACAGUCCAAGAUUAAACAGUCUUGGGCUAUCUUGCCAUAUUCUAUUUAUUAUCGUUUCUGCAUUGUGUUGUGCUCUUGAGAGAUAUGUUCAAUGGGUAGGAUUGUCUUCCCCAAAGACAAUGUAAUUAGAAAAUAAACUCACUGUAUGCUGCUGGCAAAGAAGGAAAGGGAAUAGAUUCAACUUCUUCUUUCCUUUUGUCUUUCUGUGAAACAUUUGUAACGUAGGUGAACUCUUCACUUUUGGGCCCCUUCUUGUCAGAAGUUAGUGACAUUGUCAAGGUUAAUUUUUACAAACAGAACCAAAAAUCCUUUGUAAUACUAUGAAAGAAAGGUGUUAUAAAAGAUUUCCUUUUUCUACAAUUAAAUUAUUUUUUUGUCAAAUGAUGUGUAUAAUUGCAGAAAAUUUAUGAAAUAGAAAAAAUAAAAUCACCAUAACAUGAACUGGUAAUUUUUGUUGUACUUGUAAACAUUUUUUCU